AUGAUUUUUGUUAUACUCUUAUUUGUUGAAUUUUUGAGUCAUUGCAAUGCACUUCAAGUUGGGAGAAAGGAAGUAUAUGACACAACAUAUCUAUGUGGUAUUUUAAAUACUCUUGGAUAUAGUAUUGAUAUUCAACGUCCUGGGAGAUUAGCUAAAACAUUUCAAUCAUUUAAUAUUGUUUCAAUCACAAGUCCACAAGGAAAUGUAGUAAUGAGUAAUAAAAAAUUAGGUGGGGAUGUUUAUGAAAAAUUAAUAGAAAUAAUUCAUCGAAGUAGUAUUAUCAGAUUAACAACAAAAUCCCGAAAAAAUAAAAAUGGAUUUUCACCAUUAACUGGAAUGACUAUUAAUAACAAAAUUUAUGAUUAUAACUUCCAUGAAAAUUUAUCUUUGUUAGGAGAAUCUUUUAAUGAAAGAAUUAAAUCAUAUUUCGAAUCUCAAAAUAUCCUCCAUUUAUCUCCUUGUAAUGAACUUUUUAAAGAACUCAAAAGCUUCGUUCCUAACAGUUGUCAAGUACAUUUUGUUCAAUACCUUCUACCUUCUUCACAAUUAUCUUUUAUUCCAACUUCAUCAACUCCAUCAUUAAUUUCUCCUACAACAACCUUAGACCAACAACAAGAAUUUCAACCAACAUAUGAAUUGUUGAUUCCAGAUUUCUCCAGACAAGGUUAUUUGGAUUUAGCCCAAAUAAAUAAUUAA